AUUGAUGGGAGAAAUUCCAACCCAGUAUAAAAACAUCAAGGCACCGUAUAUUACUCAAUAUCAACCAUGACCGUGCUCUAUGGAAAACAAUUGCUGAUGGGAUGGAUGUAUUGAUUUCCCAAAUGCAUCUAAGAACGGUAACUUUUUAUACAACAACAUUAUGAUUCGUAUAUGCACCAUUACAAAACUUUGUGAAGAUCAUAUCAUAAAUAAAAAGAUUUGAUAAAUUAUAACUGAAGUCACUUUUGGACAUGUUAUAGUGAAUACCACUUUGACUAAUUUAGAGGUGAGAAGUAUCAUGAUUAUAUUAAAUUUGUAAAGCAUUUUCUCAUAGAAUAUGGUUUGUAAUGAAAUAUCAAAUAAUUUAAAAUCCCCCCCAUAUGAUUAAUACGGUAAAGAAUAAAUAGAUAAUGACACAAAAUCAACGCAAUGGUUCUAAAUAUGUACUCAAGACAUCAUCAAUGCAGCUUUAAUACACAGUAUCAAAAUUCAUUGUCAAGUCAAGAAUGGCAAUUCAUAUAGGGAUAUUCAUAAAUUAAAUUUUUAUAAGUUUAAUUUUAUAGUAACAUGGCUUGAAAUAAAUAAUGUUAGCAUGCUAAACACACACAAGUUCUCAAAUAUUCAUGUGAUUUAUCCAAUAAAAAUGUGAAGGACAGUUUUAAUAAAAUUUUAAUGUAUAUGACUUCAUUAAUUUGUUCUGGAGCACAAAUGAAAACAGUUUGUAAUUGAGUGCUUGGCAUAAUACUAUUAUUGUACAAAAGUACAGCACGAGUCUUGUGCAAAUAGGCGCAUGCACGAGUCUCUGACAUUUGGUUCUGUGUGGACUAUGUACAAAUAUUUCUCAUAAAAAGUUUUUGAACAAUAUUUUUCUUUGUAAAACUUUAUUGAAUAUGUGUGUGGUGCUGGUUCUUGUAAAUAAAUCGAAGGGAAACAAGCUUUUUUUGAGGAAUAAUCGUUCACAACCUCAUUUGUGAGAUUAAAACAUGUAUGGUGCUGGUUUAAACUAUGACAAACAGCAAUUAUGAAUGCAAAUCUUUAAUUUCAUUUAGAAGCGCAUCAAAAAUGACUAAAUUUCAAUAGACGAUUUAUUUAUUUCAUGAAUACCGAAUUUCAGUUUGACUUUAUAUUAACAUAGCUAAUAUAAAAAUAUUUAGCUUGGUAAACAUUCGCCAGUUUCAGUCAUUCAACUGAUCAUAUAAAUGAAGUUGAGGUAUAUAACUAAUUUGAUAUCAUUUUCAUACAGGAACAAAUAGGGAGAAUAAAUAUAUAUGCCGGAGUGCUCUGUAAAAGUUGGAAAUUAUUCAAAUUUUAUUAUUGUCUGUUAUCCCUUAUCCAUGCUCUUUAUAUAUUUGAAUAAUUCAAUAAAUGAAAAUCAUUUUCAAACAAUGAAAUGCCUUUGAUGAGCUAAUGCCUUACUAAUAUUUUUCAUAAAUUAAUAAUUUGAUGCUAUACAACUUUUAUAAAUAUUGCUUUAAUUUAGAGUGAGGUGCUAAUGAGAAAUUUGAUCAGAAAACUGUGUGGAAGCUUGAAAGAAACCUGUGCAACAGUGCACAACUGAGCUGUAAAUUAAAAAAAUAUUUCACUCCCUUCUUGUCCCGGAAUUGAAUAUAUUAUAGGGGUGUUAUACUGCAAGCUUGUGAAUUGAAAUGAUGACACUGUUUCAAUGUUUAUCAAGUAUUUUAGAUGAUACAGAUUGAAACCCAAUGCAAAGCUUUCUAUAGAACAAACACUGAGAAAUAAUCAAUUUGCGGAGGGAGGGUAGUUGACGUAUUGUAUCAGCACGCAGCAUCAGCCAAUCAGAAGAGCGAAACAGGCUCAUCACGAGGAGGCAAUAUACCGCGUUCCGCGACCGCCAGAAUUCUGCUUCGAGUCGAUGUAUAAUGAACGGCCUCGACUUUUUGCUGACAGCAUUCUGUUUUCGGUGAAAUUUCCAAGGAGUGGUGUGAGAUAUUCUUUCGAUAUUUCGUACACGGGAUGUAUUGCAUCUAGUUGACACACAGGCAAAGUUUCGCACUCGCAGCUAAAACGGAACCCCCUAAAAGGUAAAUGAAAAUGACAUCGACUGAAAGGCCAGAAUCUUAGAAUAGUUGAGAAGAAUUGCUAACUGCAAAUGAUACUAUUGAAUUGGGCUAAUUUGGCUGGUUGUGCGAAAUGUGCUUUGAGCAUAAUCCUGAAGAUUAACUUACAUCAAAACCAGUUAUUUAUCAUAAGUGUGUGUGUGUAUGACUAAACUAUUGAUUGUUUUUUGUGUAUGUAAUAGUUCUAAUCAUUAUGCCUUCCCUUGACUGAUGACCAUUUCAUGGUGAAUAUAAUUGUGAGCUAUUUUAAGAAGUGCGGAUAUAGUUUAUUGGUUUUUGUAUGUUGUGCUGAAUGUAUUAGUGUAUUUUGUCAUAAUUAGGGCAAUUGAUUAAAAAUAUGCUAUUACCCAAUAUGUUGUUUCACAUUGUAUUUUGGUUAUGUUGUUUAUUUACUUAGUUUCGGGCCAUAGGUAAUUAAAAUUUGAAUGUUGGUCGAUCAUAUUUACAGCACUUUAUUUGCUGUUGACUUUUAAAGCAUGUUGUUUGUGUAAAUUAUAUUCACAUCUCUUCAACUGUUCGCUGUUUUUAUAUCGAGUAAUAUCAGAUGUUUCUUAUCUGUUUACAUGCAGUUAUAGCCUAACCGUUUGACAAAUUCCAUCACAUAGUGUUUACUGUAAACUUGUGGUCUUUUGAAUCCACAAAAUCCUAUUUUGAAUAACUGAAUUCAAAAUAUUUGUUUAAUAGGGUUUUGUGGUUAGGCUAUUUAAUUAUUUUCUAUUGUGUGUAUCAGUGAAUAUAUACCUCAUUCAUAUAAAAUAUCAUAUUGGCUAAAUGUUUAAUGAGCUAUUUUUAUCAUUUUUGUUUUUUUGCGGUUGGAGAUCCAAUUUUUUUCUGGAAACUAUAUAGGCUAUCUUGGUUUUUCUCAACCAAUAUUGGACUAAAUCAAAAUACUUUUCACUCUCAUACUAUUUUUAUCAGUAUAAAUGACAAAUGUUACGAAAUAAUAAUACAAUGACUACAAUGUAUUGUGUAUGUUCAUAUGCUGCACCAUUGGUUUUAGUCAUAGUCUCCUUCAUUUCCCAUCCGUGCUUUAAUCCAUUUCCCAACAUUGAAUCUCUCCCAUAGCCUAUUCACAAAAACUUCAGUAACUCAUUUAUUCAAUCUUCAAUGUAUUCUUAGUUAACGGUCAAGUCGGAACCACUUUUUACAGUUAGUAGUAUAAUAGUUUACAAUGUUUGCAUAAAUAAGUAUUAUAGUGAUAAUAAACAACUAAGGAAUAUUAGUAAAACAACAUCAAAUACAUAGCCGAAUUCCUCAAAAAGGAAAAAUUUCCUUCCUUGAGAGGCAUUAAUCUAAUCUAGUAGUUUGGUCCUACUUGAGUAUGCUUGAUUGAAAAUCAUUAGUAAUGAACUUGUCAAAUUUGGCAACACUUUUUUUCUGUAUGGCACUCAUUGGAAUACUUCAAUUGUACAUACAGAAAGUUGUUUGCUGUGUGUUUACUCAAUAAUUAUUACAUCAUUAUCUACAUAUAGAGCGAAACUUUCAACAUCAACUAAACAGUUAAAAACAACUUUCAGUUUGAAGUAAUGCUAAUUACUCAUACUUGAAUAUGGCAUGAACAUGUGGAUAUCCCAAAUUCAAUAAUUUUCUGCAGUUACUAGUCAUAUCAUUACAUCUUGGCGCAUUUAGAACGUAAAGGUAAUAUGCAUUUCUUAUGUCUUACAGUAUAAUUAUUUCCAAUGUGGUCUAGAUUUAGAGUAGUAUUCAGGUAUUCAUAUAAUCAAUAAUAAGAGAAUUCAUAAAACAGAGAGAUUAGCAGAGAUAUCUUACACAAAAGCAUGCUUCACAAAUCUUUUGUUUGACAUCUUAUUCAUCUGCCCUGGCCAAAUUGUUACUAUCAAUUUCUCUGUCACUGCAGACUUCACUUCAUUGGGGAUGAGAAUCUCCCUAAUUCCCUGUUUUAGUUAUCGAGUUAGCAAGGAAUGAAUAUAGUAAAUAAAAAAAAUAGAAUUUUGUGACGCAUUCACAUAUUAUUUUUAGGUCGGAUGGUAAAUACAUUACAUUUUUUUGUAGAUGUUUCUUAUUUUGUGACCAAAGUAACUGCAUUUCCCUAAUUGUGGGAAAUGGGUGCUGCACAAUUUUUGCCACAAUAAUAGUAACAAAUAAAAGUAAUUUAAAUAUCUACUUUUCUGUUCCACUUUGUUGAAAAAUCAAUGUGUUAUUUUUGACCAAACAGAAAAGCCUUUCUCCUUAUUUUUUUUGUUUCUAUUAAGUGUUAUUAGCGGCUAUUUUUCUGCCCCAGAAGCUGGUAAAUUAUGUGUGGACCAUGCAUAUAAUUAAUAUGUAUUGAUAGUUGUUUGGGUUAUAUUGAAGCAUUUCCAAUGACGCUUGAAGGUCGGCUGCUGUCACAGUGUUCCCCGUCGGAAAUCUCAUGUCUGAAUAAUUAAUCCCGGUCUUGGGCGGGAAUAUAAAUUCAAAAUAUAAUUGUAUUCUUAUUAGUAAAUGAUUUUUACCAAUAAUCUUGGUACGGCGGCUUUAACUGCACGUUUUGGCCGAUGUUUGUUUUUAUCAAGGUAUCACAGCCCUUGCGGCGACGUACUACGGGAAAGUGUGUUCGAUCGGCGGCAUAUUUUUGUUGCAUCACCGCCGCCUAAUUUAUUCUACCACGCUUUUGUUCCCUCGUGUUUAUCGUUGCCGCAACGUUUUAGUUUUAAUUUCGUUCCAUUUCCGACGUGUUGCGUAGUUUGUAAUAUUGUUAAAAAAACAUUGCAUAAAUUUUACAAUCGGUCAUAUUUAGUUGCGAUAUCGAGCUUGGCUGCUCAUAUUUUUUCAUGUAUAUUAACAACGCUUUCAACUACAAUUUUGAACGGCAACAUACACAAAUACGUACGUGCACAUAAGGUUAUUUUUAGUUUCUAUUUUUCGGUGGCAUCCGCUUCUGUUGCGUGACGUGGUAUAGCGACGGUAUUCGACUUCAGAUGUUGUCUGGCUUGCCGCAUUAUCUAAAAUGUUUCCGGUUUUAAUAUGCCUUGGAUUUUAGGGAGUUUUGCACUGCGGAAGUGUCACACAGGGAGUUUGGAGUGUGCGUUUUUUAACUAAAAAGCACUUACUCCCAUCGCCUGAUAGACCAUAAAUUAUUUAAUUGCUGAUACAAAGACGGCGGAUUUUUUUUUUAUCUUUUGCUGUGAAGCGCCAUCCAUCCAUCAUGUCGGUACUUGUUGCAAUUUAUGCAAUUUAGACAAGAUGACACAUGACUGAGCUAUGCCAGCAAUAUAUGGAUAUAUAACCCAAGAUAUAGAUAUAAAACCCUUUUAUUUUGGGUAGUCUUCCUGCAGUAUUGUAACAGUGUUUAAAGACUACUCUUUUAGUGGGUUGCAAAUUUUUGCAUUUUGUAAUGGUCCACAUUUUAUUGUUGUUUUGCAGUAUUGUUAGUAAUAAUUAUGUUACAUAUGAAAAAAGUAAUUUACUGAUUGUAAGGCUUGUUGUUCGAAUCCGUUUGUAUUUGGAGGAUGACGGAUGGACAGAUCUGCUAGUGGUGGAAUGGCCCCGGCCCUUCAGUCUAGCAAUCAUCACUCAACUGACUAUCUUGAUCAUGAGCAAGAGACAACUGUUGUUCAAGAAGUGAAAACACAUGAAAAGGUUAACGGGACUGCUUUUAAUAAAAUCCCUGCAAGAAUCGAGAAUCCUUUGAAGUGUCCAGAAGAACCUCAUUUAUUGGCAGAUGCAUGUGAGGACUCCACAAUCAGCAAAGCAAUUGUAGAAGGUUCCGAUAUGAUUGUAACAGAACCCUGCAUUUUAACUGGACUUAAGGAUUCUCUCCCUGUAGUAUCUUUGUCUUCUGUGCAUCUUGGACAGGGAGAUGGAGUGCUCGUGAACAGUAUCAAUCAUAAUGGUUGGGGGGAUUGCAAGAAGCGUGCUGGGGGUAUCUUACAAGAAAACAAUGUUUCCUGCAAUAAUCAUGAAAUGGGAGUUAAAACACACAAAACUAAUAAAACUACCCAUGAUGAAAGUUUAGUGGCAUUAGGUGAUAAUAUUAAUAACCAUACAAGUGGAGAUGAAAGUGAAAACCACCCAAAUGGUAAAAUAAAAACAGCUCAAAUGAAUCACAAUUUAUUGCUACCACAAAACUCGGUGCUACAGUCUAAGCUUGCAACUAUACCACCACUUAUUUCACCAGUUGCAACCAUGGUUACUUAUAGCACAGUAGCACCAAUCACAAAUACAUCUUCAACCUCUAGUGACUUUUAUACAAAAUAUGAAGACAGCAUGAAUACGAACAAUACAGAAAACUGUACAAAUAUGCCUGAGGAACUGGCAAAAAAUGUUGAAGCAGAUACUAACAUUCUGAUGGCAGAAGUUAGCAAAUCACCAACACUUGUGUCACAGGAGAGUAAUCAGGCCACUUCAGACUCUAUGCCUCAGUUAACACAGGAAUUAAAAUACACAGAUUUGUUGAACAGUGACUUAUCUAAAAUUAACAUGUCACAAAAACUCGCACAUACUUUGCAAGAAUUAGCUGCAUCGCUAAAAGGAACUAGUAUGCAGCUACAAGCAGAUACAGGUGUAGAAAAAAUGGAAUCCGAUAUUACCCACACUGUGACUUCUAAUUUUCAGGAACCAUUGCACCGAUCUGUUAAAAGCCUGGAUUUCUCAACGAAUGAAACAAUUACACCGAAUGAGAAAGCGAUGGCAGCAAAAGAGCAAGAAGCUCGUAUCCAAGUCAAAAUAAAAACUGCUGUUGAAAACAGUUUAAAUUUAGAUAAAAAACUCCACUGCCUGAAAAAUAAAAUUGAUUGUCUUCGAUUGCAAGAUGUAACUUCUCAUAUCAAGAAAGACUUAGGUAAUAUAUCAUUGCACAUACAAACAUCAUCCAGGUCUUGUGAUACCGUAAGCACAACGGGUUAUAAUCACACUGUUUUAACGGAGUCUACUGAGUCAGGUUUAAACUUUUGGAAUAAAUUACUUGGAAAAAGCCAGUCUAAUAUUGAAACAAAAGGCACUGCAAAACUUUGUGAAAGUGUAAGAAGGAUUUCUGGUUCCUCUGUAAAAAAGGAGCUAAAUACAGACGAACAAAAAGUUGUGCCAGAUAUUUGUGCGAUGGAUUUGGAUCCUAUUGUACAACUAACAAGAGUGGAACAAACUGUAUCUGACAUGAACAAAAGGAUUGAAAAUAUCAAGCAAGCUAAGGCUGGUUCCGGGAUUUUGCGGAAAGAGUUGAAAUAUAUUCGAUCACACGUCGAUCCUGAUGUAACUGAUAGUAGCUCUGAUGAGGAUGUAUACGAAGCUUCACAAUAUAAGAAAACGAAACAAGAAACCAAGGAGGGUUUCAAGCAAACCAAAAAGGUUCGGAAAUCAUUCUGCAAGUGGGUAGCUGAAAGGGCUGAAAUAUCACGAAGGUGGACUUGGCUGCAGUCACGAAUAUCUUCUUUGGAAUUCAGCAUUCGCCAACAAGGAGAUUUAUAUACACAGCUUAGGGACGCGAAGGGGCUUGUGCAGCUAGAAUUACCUCCCCCACCUGUUUUCAACGUUUACUCUACUGGAAUACAUUCCGGUACAAUUUUGGGUCAAACACCGCCAGUUAAUAUGAUGAAUAAACAAAGGUCUGAUGAUAGAAUAAUGCCGGAUUUCACACCACCUUGCAGUGUCAACCAGUUGCUAAACAAUGUUCAGCAGUCAACUAGAUUGCUUGACAACUUGUCACCAUUGUCUGGGGGAUCACCAUCUCCAAAUCAAACGGCAAUAAAAAUUUCAGAAACAGAUGAUCAGAAAUCAAACGUUGCUUCUCGCUAUGAAGACUUCCUCAAUUCCUCAGCUCGCACAAGGCAGCUUUGUCUGACGGCUUUCAAGAACAGGAAAUUGAUAAAACUGUCUCCAGCAUGCCUAGUUUCUAAUAAGCCUUUAAAACCAAAAACUGUUCCAAACGACAGUUCCAUAAUGUGCAUUGCUGGAGACACAUCUGGGCAAAGAAAGGAAGACUUUGGAUCAAUUAUUCUAAAAGCAGCACAACAUGAUCAUUCAUAUCACACGGUCAUAUCAUCUGUGAAAGAUAUUCCACUUUCCAUAUCAAUGCUUGCGGUUAUGAAGUCGAAACGUAAAUGGUGCAAAAAGUCUGGAUCAUACAGUAGAUCUGCAUCACUAAGAGCUGAAAGAAAGGAAUCAAAGAAACAGAAAAAACGUAACAAAAAGUUGAAACACAAAUCUGCAAAAAAACGAGAAAGAUCUAAUUCUAUGCUGCCCCCCAAUCAUUUGGAUGAUUCAUCUGAUGUGAAAAGAAGGAAGCUCAGUCACAUGUCAGACACAAGUAAAAAACGAAUGAGGGGGCAAUCGUUUGACUCUGAUAUGGAAUCACCUGUUGUUAUUGGUGGAUUCAAUACACAUCAGCCAUCCAGAUCAAGUAGUGGUGCUGCCACCCCAACAGACUUUGGACCAAGCCAUAAUACAUACUGGAAGAAAAAGAAAUCUUCAGAACAAGCAUUUGAUAUAAAUAAUAUUGUUAUUCCUCACGGUUUGAACUCAGCGAGGAUUGAAAAAUUAGCUUAUAAAGAAAUUCAAACACCAAGCUGGAAAGUUCUGGAAUUCAGUCCCUUGGAGCAAGAAGUUGGAGUCAAUUUGUCAAUGAAUCAUGAUGAAGAAUAUGAAGAUAUAUCUCAUUCGGCAUUCCAACGAAGACAUGACAAUCAUGAGAUAGUUGAGAAGAAGAAGUACAUGGCAUACAUGGAAUGGAGUAUUUCAAGGAAGGGAAGAGGAUCAAGAAUGAGUAACAUUCGUGGACCUGGUGAGGAUGAACCAAACUCCCCUACAUCUGCAGGUCAGGAUGCAAGUCCAAUGUCUUUUUCUUCUGAGCAAUUUUCUUCAAAUGUGACAGGUUCGGCAUAUCUUCCAUCGCCUGCUAAUCCGCUCAGUCCCUCAGCUAAGCCAGUCGGAGUUACUACCAGAAGAAUGUCAACUGAUCACAAUCCAAGUCGACCAUCCACCCCGCUGUCGAGCACCGUCUUGACAACACAAGGGAACAAUGAUACCUCACUCAGUCAUAGCUAUUCCUCUCCCAUUCUGUCUGGCUGGCAAGAUGGUUUUGGGCCUCGCAGGAACUCUCAUGAACAUGCAUUGUCAGUAAACCGAACUCUAUCUGAAGGAGCCAACUCUAAGCUUCUGUCCGAGGGUGCCCAGGCAUGGGAGAAAAGACCAUUCCCUCUGAUAGAGGAAGAUAUUAGAAUGCUGAGUGAUAUAGACUUUGCUCUGCAGAAACUUCAAAGCGAAGGUUGGAAUGGUGAUGCAGGUCAUUCCAAUGUAGUUUCUUGUCAGGAAAACGAUAAACGACAACUCAUCACCAGGCACAGCAGUAGUGAUAAAGCUCACCAGUCGUCAACAUUUGAUCACACAACAUUGUCACACGAGGCUGUUCGGGAUCACAAUCACAAGUCAAUGAAACGAAGAAGAACUGAUUCUCGAGCUUCUUCUCUUGCAUCUCAUGAUGUUGAUGAUGGAGCGAGGCAUAGUGAUGCUUCAACAGCUUCUGCUUCAUCGACUGCUCGGCGCCGAAAGACUGGACAUCGUAGCCGAAAUCACACGUCAUCACAACGAAAUGAAAAUGGUUUACGACGAACAGCUGUGUCAUCAAGAACUCUGAAAGCUAAACACAAUUACAUACAUACCAGACUCUCAGAAACUGAUGAUUCAUCUUCAGAUUCUGACACUGACUCUCCCUCUUCUGAUGACACGUUAACUUCAUAUGAUGACGCUGGACAUCUUGUUGAUGAUUAUGCUGACCCAGAGUGGGAAUUUAACCCCAAGCAAAGAGAUCGCCGGUGAUUCAGUUUCCAAUUAGCGAUAAUAGCUGGAUGAUAUGUUCCAUGUUGUUAUAUGUGCAUUCUUUUGAAAUUUUCUGUCUGACCACCGUUUUUAGAAUGUUGGUUAUUGUACAGCUUGGAAACUUCUGGGAUACAUCAAUAUUAAGUGCCACAGUUUAGCCAUCUUUUGUUAGUUUUCUUGUUUUUUCCAUUUCUUUUUACAAAAGUGUGAUGUGUUAGUCUGAUCAAACUAACCCGUUGGGUUGGAUGUCCAUACAAUUAAGAAUCUUUUGGCGCAAUUUUAAAAGAUAAUGUUUGUUGUGGAUUGAAUGUGUUGCUGCAACUUUCUGAAUACAAUUUUUCACUGUCUUCUACAUGUAGAUUUCAUGGUUAACUAAUGUCACAGUUUCAAAUUAUUUUUGCCCAUUUGUCAUCUGCCCCAUUAGUUAGUAAGUCUUGAAACGUUCAUAAAUUUUAAAUGUUGAAAGCUUUUUUAAAAAAAAUUAUCUGCCAAAUUUAGUAGUGUUUCACAUAUAUGUAUAUAUCAUCAUACUCUUUGGCAGGUUCGCUGGUAAAUUUCUUUCAGGAUUUUAUUCUCCUUGGCUGUACAAAAACUUUAUUCUGUUGUUUUGUCAUGGGAUCUUUUCUUCUAUUCACAAAUGUGAUAUUUUUGUUCCAUUCACAUUACAAUCCUUUGUAUUGCUCGGUAUGUUGAAGUGAAAUUUAUGGACUACCAGGAAUUUUGGCACGAGUUGAGUUAUCUUUUCAGAUUUACAACAUGACAGUCUCAAUGAAAUUUUUACGUUAAUUUGCAA